ACAUAAGACAAGACUAAAAGUAAAGUUACAUGUAGGCCUAUAUUCCUCGUCUUCAGGGUGAAUACUGCCGAGUCAUAGUCAUAGUCAUAGUCAUGCAGCAUACUACUAAUAACAAUAUUACUGUAUUUUCUAUACAUACGCCUUAUUUAGUGGGUUUAAUAUCUAAGUAUAUGGAGUCUAUAAUAAUUAUUCUACAAUGAUAAAUAGCAUUUUAAAUAAACGUAUGCUAGGCUUAGGCUAAGACUAAGUACUAGUAACGUCUAGUACUAACUUUUACUAAGACUAAGGGCGGGCUAAGCUAAGUUGUAACUAAUAAAUUACUAAUACUUAGACAACUAUAUUAACUAUGACUAUACCACUCACUAUAGACUCUAUACCCUAUAACUUAGUAUAACUAUACUUCCCCAAUUAAAAUUACUGGAGUCGGAGUAGAGAAGUUAGGACAGUUAAGAAGACCGAAAAAGUAAAGAGAGUGGUGAGUGUGAGAGCCUAACUGCCUAACUGCUACUGCUAUCAAUAUGUAUUUAUUAUGUAUUAGUAAUUAGUCAUUAGUAGUGAUUAUUGCUAUUAAUAGUUAAUUUGCCAAUAUAAUACUAAUAAUAGCAAUAAUACUAUUACUAAUCUUAUAGCACAGUUAACUCGUUACCUUGUUUCAUGACAGUCCUCAGUAUACUGGCUAACUAAGACAAAGUCAAAGUCUAACUAAGUAAGUUUUAGUAAGAAUGAAGGAAAGGCCUACACUUAAAUUAAAGUUAAAUAUUAGGAGUCAAAUAUUAGUUAUUACUUUUAGUUAUAUAAUAUGAUAUAGUAAUAUAAAUAAUAUAGUAUAAAGUAUAAAUAUUAAAAUUUAAAAAGGAAGUGUAACACUAACAACAUUAACACACUAUAGAACUAUACAUAUAUUUAAUAUUAUUAAAUAAUUAAUAAUUUAUAAACUUUAAGUAGUUUGAGUCUUGUCUUCACCUAACACUUUCCUGUUCGUGAGUUGAGUGACAGUCAUAUGUUAACACAUUACACAGCAACAUUAGUCUAAAGCAGUGAUUUUCAACAACCUUUUGACUAAUUUGCCAAUUUUUAGAAUUAGUGUCCAGGGCGUUGCCCCCCCCCCCCACCCACCCACCCACCGGCCUACCCUAUAUCUUACAAGUUUCAUUUAAUUUUAUCCAUUUUAUUUCUUGGAGUGGUCGUGAAGCCCCUAAAAAGUGCAUGUGUAGCCCUUAGGGUUCAGAUUUUUUAACUAAUACCCGGUAUCUCAUCAUCAUGUCCCUUAGUCCUUAGGCCAUUGGGGCGCCACAGAUGACAUGUGAACCAUCCUCCAUUCCUCUCUGUCUUGUGCGCUACGCACUGCAUCGCCCAGUGUUAGUCCUGUCCACUCUUUGAUGUUAUCCUCCCAUCUUUUUUUAUGUCUUCCUCUUUCUUCUCCCUCCUCUUGUGGUGCCCUGCAAUAUUUCUUUGGCAAGCCCUUGUUUCCUUAUUAGGUGGCCGUACCAUUGUAGUUUGCAUUUGUUCACAGUCACCAGUAGGUCAUCGUACUCUCCAAUUGCCUGACGAACCCUUACUUUCACUGUAUCAUUGGAGAUAUGGUCUUUAUAGCAAAUGCCAAAAAUGCUUCUGAAGCAUCUCAUCUCCAUCGCCUUUAUUUUCCUUUCAAGAUCGGCUGUUAAUGUCCAGGAUUCGCAGGCAUACAGGAAAAUGGAGAGGACUAAUGAGCGCAUCAGCCUGAUUUUGGUGCAGGGGGCUAUAUUUUUGUCAUUCCAUAUUUUCUUGAGCUUCUUUAAUGCUGUUAUAGUGUGUGCAAUCCUGAACAUCAGUUCAGGCUUGGAGCCUUCUUCUGAGACUGUUGCUCCUAGGUAUUUGAAGUGGCCUACUGUCUCUAAUCUUUCCUCCCCGACCUUAAUUUCAGUGGUGAUGCCUGUGGUAUUAUUUGUCAUCAAUUUUGUCUUUUCGGCACUUAUUAGCAUGCCGUAGGACGGCGAGGUCUUAUCGAGACGCUUUAUCAGGUUGGCUAGCUCUUCUUCAUUCCCAGCCAGUCCGUCUAUGUCGUCCGCUAAGCGUAGGUUGGUGAUUGUUCUGCCACCAAGGCUGACUGUCCCUUCAUGCGCUUCCAGUAUCUAUUUAGCCUAUAAAUAUAAUUUAACCCUCUUGAGACCGUAUUUGGAAAUUUGAUCGAAAGAAAUUUCGUCGAUGGUAAAUUGAUCUACAAUAAAUUGAUGGAACGGAAAUUUGGUUUAAUCUUUCUUUCAGUUUUUCCGUUAAAAUUUUGCUUCAAAUUUCAUUUUGAACACAUUAUUUUGUUUUACUAUAUAGUAAGGUGCGUUCAAAAAGAAUUUGACAAAAAUUUUAACGUGUGAACUGGAAAAAAGUUUUGAAAAAUUUUCCGUUUGAUCAAAUUUCCGUCCAUCAAUUUAUAGUCGAAAAAAUUUCUUUCGAUCAAAAUUUCCGGUAACCUCUUGAGACGGCUGGGUGGGCUGAUCUAUUCGCCCAGAGUUGAAUGAUGCAAUAGACUAUUGACAAAGGUCAACAAUCCAAAAAGCCUCCACCUCAAGAGGGUUAAAAACAUUAAAUUGAAAUGGAUAUUUUUAAUUUAAACAAAUGUAUAGAACUAUAGUAUUAAUCUGUUCUCUUGGUUGUCUUAUAUUUUAAGUUUAAUCAAUCAAUAUAAUAUAAUUAUUAUUAAGGUGCUCUAUGAGUCAUUCAUGAGUCUUACUGGAUAGAAAUACAUUACAGAUAUGCAUACAUUUAGACUUGAGUGUCAUUUAAUCAUUAAUAAAUAGAAGGCAAGUGAGUUAAACUAAAUAUACUGAUUUCUUGUGUAAGAAGAACAAAUAAUUUCUAGAUAAAGAGUAUUAAUACUUUUUUAAAAAGGCCUGCUGAUUUUGUCUAGGUUGGUAGGUUAAAGUCAAAGUUAAGAGAAUGUCAAAGGAAAGAGUAGACAACAUUCACACUGAAGAAUGUACUCAACCCACUCUGAUGGGAAAUGGAAGGUACCAGAACCCCUGGGAAACAUGGCAAGCUCCAAAAUUAAACAAACUGUUGAAAUUUAUUUUCAUGAGAGGUGAUGCAAAUGUUCCGAAAGAAGCAGUGAGUAUUUAUUGUUUAAAAUUCAGAUUUAAAGGUUCUGGUGAAAUAAAUACAAAUUAGAAUGUUGUAAGCAGAUGAAGCAAAAUAAAUUUUUAAAAACCAAUUGUUAUGCAUAGCCAUAUGCAAAGGACAUAGAAAGAUUUUCUGGGAUAAAAAAAGUUUACCUUAUAUGAUAUAUUUAAUAUACACCAGUUUGAUUGUAGUUAGUUUCACAGAUUUAUUUAGAUUUGUUUAUUUAGAUUGAUACAUUAAGUUUGAACAAAAAAUAUUUUUUUAUUUCUUUAAAUUAUUUAUAUUAUUAAUGUUUUCCUUAAACAAACCAGUACACUGUAUUGGGGGGCAAUCCACAAAACUUAAUAGUAAAUAAUAAUAUCUAACACAAUAAAUAUUUCAGGAACUAGACAAAACACUUCCUGUGAGGAAAACCGACCUGUCUCAGUUUGAGACGUCUCCGCAGUCAGGUGUGCGUCACAUGUGGAUUGGGCAUGCCUCAUCCCUUGUCCAGCUGGAUGGUCUCACUAUACUCACGGACCCUAUUUUUAGUGACCGUUGUUCACCCUUCCAGUGGUUUGGGACUAAAAGAUAUCGACCGCCCCCCUGCGCGGUGGAUCAAUUGCCUAAAGUAGACUGUGUGGUUAUAAGCCACAAUCAUUACGAUCACUUAGAUUACGGAAGUGUUGUUUCAUUAAAUCAAAGGUAUGCAAUGCCGUCAUUAAAAAGAAUAAGUAAUUUAUUGAAUACUGUAGUAUAAUGGCGUAGUACAAAAUAUUUAUUAAAUUUAGAGAGUCAAUUUUUAUUGCUAUUGGUAUGUUGAUUUUUUAGGGGUGGAAAUUGGUACAUAUAAAUUUUAAAAUUUGCAUGUGUAUUUAAUUUGAAAUUAAAUGACAAAAAUGCCAAAAAAAUUGCUAAUCUGGUUAGUAUUAAUAUGGUAAAAAUAUGGAGACAGUGAUUUACAUAUUUCUUAGUCAGGAUAGCUUUUUAUCUAUAUUUAAAAAAAAUUACAUUUAGUGUUUCAUUCUUGAAUUUUUUAUAAAAAUAUGGUAAAAAUAUGGAGACAGUGAUUUACAUAUUUCUUAGUCAGGAUAGCUUUUUAUCUAUAUUUAAAAAAAUUACAUUUAGUGUUUCAUUCUUGAAUUUUUUAUAUAAAUUGUAAAUAAAAUAUUAAAUUAAAAUAGAAAAAAAAAAAAAUAUAAUGCACUGGGUUCAAACAUUUAUUUAAUUAUUAUUUUUUGUCCCGUUGCUAAAUUAUACCUACAGCAAGUUAGUGAUAUUUUCAUGUUUUUUUUUCCUUCUCUUUAAUGAUAUCAUCUGCUGUUCUUCUAAUUUAAAGGUUUGGAGAAAACUUGACGUGGUACGUUCCAAAAGGUUUGAAGUCAUGGAUGAAUGACAGCGGUUGUAAAAAUGUGGUUGAGUUGUCCUGGUGGGAGGAGCACAUCCAUAGUGAAGCAUCUGGGGUUAAAAUUGUGAACACACCUUGUCAACACUGGUGCAAGCGCUCAUUGAAUGAUGAUAACAAGGUGAGCCAUUCUUCAACAGUGAUUAAACAAAGUGUUCCAUUAGAUAAUAAUAUUAAUAAAAAUUCUUUAUGAGAUCUGGUUUUCUUUGCCAACUGUUUACAACAGCGGGAUGUUGAUUUUAUUCAAGAAAUCUCUUAAUCAGCUAUUUCCUAAUUUAUAACUUGGCAGUGGAUAAUCAAGUUGUAGAAUACGAAUUGUUUGCAUGUUAUUUCAUAAAUCUACAUGGUUGUUAAAUUUACAUAGGAUUGGUGGCUUCACCGCUCAUUUAUUUCAUGGAGAAAUAGAAAGAUAAAAAAUUAAAAUGAUCUGAAUGCUAAAUGGAAAAUUGGCAGUCAUUUCAAAACUUUACAAAAAUGAAGUAUUCAGACAGUGCUUCUGAGAAAUGUACAUUUUCUCUCUAAAGGCUUUUCUAAAAAAAUAUUUGUUUGUGAUUUGAUAAGCAAAUUUGCUGUGAACUAAUUUCACAGUGUAUUGCGUGAUAAAAUUGUGCAGCCAUUAACAUUUUCAGGUGCUUUGGUCAAGCUGGUGUGUUCUUGGACCUAAACAUAGCUUCUUUUUUGCCGGAGACACAGGAUACUGUGAAGGCUUCAAACAAAUUGGACAACGUUAUGGGCCCUUCACCCUCUCAACCAUUCCGAUUGGGGCUUAUUGUCCAAGGUAGCUAAAUUACUUAAGGUUGCUGGUAGCUAAAUCACUUAAGGUUGCUGGUAGCUAAAUCACUUAAGGUUGCUGGUAGCUAAAUCACUUAAGGUUGCAGGUAGCUAAAUCACUUAAGGUUGCUGGUAGCUAAAUUACUUAAGGUUGCUGGUAGCUAAAUCACUUAAGGUUGCUGGUAGCUAAAUCACUUAAGGUUGCUGGUUGCUAAUACACUUGAGGUUGCUGGUAGCUAAUCAGUUGAAGGUUGUUUUUUUGGGAUUGUUUUAUCAGAUAAUGCUAUUUAUAUUGAAUAUUUGUGAAGACUUAAAACAUAAAUGACUAACAUGGAAUUGGUCUUUUGAUGUAAAGAUAACAUUGACACCAACUGUAAAUGUAAAACUGUAAUUUUUUUUUAAACCUUAUUGUACCAGCACAGUUGUUUUAUUGUACCAGCACAGUUGCUAUAUUGCACGGGCACAAUUGUAUUGUACCGGAACAGUUGUAUUGUACCGGCAGUUGUAUUGUACCGACUGUUGUAUUGUACCGGCAGUUGUAUUGUACCGGCACAGUUGUUACGUUUUGUUAUGAAAUGAUGUUACUUAAAAUUUUAUUUUACAGAUGGUUCCUAGGUCCCCAGCAUGUAGAUCCAGCAGAAGCUGUGGACAUACACAAUGACCUCGGGUCUAAAACAUCUAUAGGUAUACAUUGGGGGACAUUUGUUUUGUCAAAGGAGGUGAGGAUGCAAUUUAAGUUUUUUAUUUUUAGCAAAUCUCAAAAUAGCUUAUAGCAUCCAGACCUAUCCAGUAUUUUGAGUAUUUUAGAGAGUUACCAGAUUCACAUACCUUUAAUAAUCUAAGGAGGAAAAAAAUAGAAUAAGGUCAAGUUUUGGCAGUCAGUGCCUUUAAAGACAAUUAAACUUAUAAAAAUACAGAAUGAUUUAAAACAGUGUAAAAAUUGCUAUGUUAAUUUGUUCAAAAUGAUGACAUCUCUUGAUGAACCACUGGUUCAGUGAGAAGCUGUAGAUGACCAUUGUCACAUCUUUGUAGUAAAUUGUGCAUGCAUGUCAUUUUGAAAAGCAAAAGUUAAAUAUUUUUUUCAGCCCUCAUGAAAAUCCUUGAUGUUUUAAGUUUUUAAAAUAUCAGAAUUUCAGAUGGUCUCUUCAUACAAUUUCUGACUUUAGUAAAGGCAUGUUUCUCCAAGAAAUAAUUCAUUUUAUGCAGCUAGCAUUAUAAAGUAUUAAACAGCAUUUUAUCUUUGCAUAAAUGUUCAAAGUGUAUUUUAUUAUUGUACUAGAGAGAUGUUUCUUUAAAGUGUAAAAGUCAAAUUUAUAUCAGACACCAUUUCAACUUUUUCUUGAACGUUAUAAAGUGACAUUUUCUAUCAUUUCCAUUCACCUUCAUAUAUUUCAGCCCUAUUUAGAACCUCGGGACAAACUAAAAGAAGAAUUGGAAAAGAGAGGGAUGAAACCAUCGUCUUUUAUAACUGUGGAUCAUGGAGAUGUUAUAGUUAUAGAUAACCAAUAAAUGGAUGUUAAAUGGAUAUAACUAAUGGAUUGAUUCACUGAAUCCAUGAGUGUAAUACCUCAGUUUGGAAAUGUUGUUUUUGGAUAAUUUAGUUGCUGUAUAUAUGUAACAGUUAACCACUUAUCAUGAUGGUUUUUUAAAUUUUUUUUGUAUAUUUCUAAAGCCUCUACAAAUGUAAAUUAUUUGUUUUAUUUAAAGGUCAUACAUAUCAGCAGUUUAGAACUUAUACAUGAUAUAUGCUAUACAGAUAUGCUAUUUAUAAAACUAUUAAAAUUGUUUUAAUACUUGAGGCUUGUCCUGAUAGUAUUAAUGUUAAAUAAUAUUCUCUUCUUAUGAUUUUGAUUCUAUUUAAAAUUUGUGUCAAAUUGUUAGAAUAUAUUCUUUGUUGAGGGGGCACUAAUGGGCUUUUAGUGUAUUAUUGGAUGAAAAUAAUGG